AUCACAAUACAGCCCACUGUGAAGUCAUCAUCCUCACCUGCUCUUAUGGGAACCGUCGGUUACGUUGGUCGUUAUAACCAAAACUACCCAACCUACACCCCACCCACUAAUGGUCAUUACCAGACCCCGAUUUCGAGUCUAGCUUUACCCCAGAAUAACCCCCUCCAACCCUCUCCUAACCCCUUAAAUGAACCCCCAGGGUCUCCGGGAUUAUUUGACGUUAAAUUCCCUCCAAAACCUCCCACACACCAUGAACCCCAGGAGGCGCCUCCCUUACCCAAGAAAACAGUUCGUUUCACCCCUUCGCUGCUUUCCCAACGCAGUUUAUUAGACGAGAACAUGGGUGAGGAGCAAGAUAUACACCACCCCCUGGUUCAAUACACUCCUAAAACUGAAACACCCCCUGUUAGAGCCACGGACCAAACAACAGGCACCAAAAUAUUCGAUUACAACGAAUUAGAACGUGAAUUCCUGCAAUGACAAAGUGUUGACCAAUGUUUCAUACAAAGCCAUGGGGAAUAGGGAAUUACUUUAAUGCAAGGUUCAAAACUUUGCAUCUUGCAACACUGUAAUCUACUUAUCUGCCGAAAGUUUAUUUUUCUCUUGUUUUAAUAAUUAGUACAUUUCUACCACAACAGUACAAUUACAAUUCAACUUUAAGAAAAUAUAACAUUUCUAUUUCCUGUUUUAUAUAAAAUAGGAUAUCUAUGUUGGUCACGCAGUUGGCUGCUUCUUUAUGUGCAAUGUCAUAGAAAUCUGAUAAUAUUUCCGGCAAUUUUAUGUCAAAUUUUGUUCGUUCUAUGGUGCAAAUUAUUCUGUCAUAAUACUUCAAGUGAAUGUAUUUGUGUCGUGAUCACGUGAUUUUAUGACGGAACAAAAGUGUUUGUGACGUUUCACAUUCAAUUGCUCAAAUUUUCAAUUAUAUAUGAUGUUUAUGUUAGCAAUUUUUAAACGCUUUUGAUUGGCCCAUUCAAGCUGCUAGAGAUAUAAUACUCCUUUCUGAUUGGCUCAUACUUACUCGAGUAUUCCAUUUAUUUUUUCACCAAACAUAGAAUGGUUAUAAAACAUAUUUGCGAUGUUUGCGAAAUAAAAUUUACUGUUAAUUAUAAAA